AUGCAAUUCCUCUCCUCCCUGAUGGACGACACUAGGGGCUCUGAGCUCUGCUUCCCCAACUUCAACUCCUCCUGCAGGCGUCUGCUGCGACCACGCUCUGAGACUCUUCUACUCUACACCCUAGUUGCAUCUGUCUCUCUGCUCACUGUGACACUCAAUUUGCUCGUCAUCAUCUCCAUCUCCCACUUCCGGCAGCUCCACACCCCGACCAACACUCUGCUCCAGUCCCUGGCUGUGUGUGACAUGGGACUUGGGCUGUUGGUGAUGCCCGUUGAAGGCCAGCAAUAUAUUGAGUCAUGCUGGCUGCUGGGGAGGAUAAUGUGUGCUCUGUCUCUGUACAUUUUAUACUGUCUGGGUGCUAGUGCUUUGGGCCACAUGGUGCUCAUAUCCAUCGACCGUUAUCUGACUAUCUGUGACCCACUGGUCUACUUUUCUAAGGUCACUCUGACUAAAGUUAAAAUCUGUAUCUGUAACCAAGGAACUGUUGACUUAUUUAUGAGCUUUAUUGGGCCCUGUACUGUUAUAGCUGUGCUGUAUAUGAGGGUGUUUGUGGCUGCCCUUUCUCAGAUGCGUGUAAUUCAGUCACAGGCUGCUGCUACCAAGGCCAGAGCAGCUCCAACUGCUAGAAAAUCACAGCCCAAGGCAGCCAGGACUCUGGGGAUUCUGAUAGCUGUGUUUGUGAUGUGUUUCUGCCCAUACUACUAUCCCAUUCUUGCAGGUGUAGACAUGUCCACUGCCAUGUCAUAUUAUCCCAUAUUGUUUUGGUUGUGGUUAUUGAACUCUUGUCUAAACCCUCUGAUUUAUGCCAUGUUUUACCCCUGGUUUAGAAAAGCUAUCAAACUCAUCAUCACACUUAGAAUACUGCAGGAUAACUCCCGGGAGGUCAAGAUCCUGUAGA